AUGGAUCUUGCAUCCGCCCGGGGGACCAAACUCAGUGAUAUAGUAAUCGAUCACCGUCCUAGCACAGGCCGUGGCAAGAAACUUACUCUUGCGGAAGAGGGUGUUCUAAGGAGACUCUAUGAACAAGCAUUGCCCUCCGUGUCCAAUGGUGAACUGCCAGCGAAAGGGUUCUGGGUGAAUCUCGCGUCGCAGUUUCACGAGCAGACCGGUCGAGAGUAUUCGUGGUUGUCUGUGAAGCGGCGGGCUGCAGGUUGGGGUCAGAAAUCUGUAGAAACCGACCGGCGACUGGAUACCUCUCGUGCUAGCGAGCUCGAGGUUGAGAGUUCGGUACCUAGGCCAAGUCAUCAAGAAAUUGCUCAUGAGUCCCCACCCAAGGAGGGUUCAUACAACAGCGAACAACCCACGCUAUCACAAACAAAACCUUCCCCGCACGCUCGAGAUUCGAACCCCUCGGAGUUGUCUCAACUUGAAAGAAGCCUUGAUGUCGGCGACUGGUUGCAACACAGUUGGUUUUCGGGUGGCCAGGACCCAAGUCAAGACACCAGUGGGAACCCCAGACCCCCUGGCCUGUCCCAACCCCGGCCCCGCUCAAGAUCGCCCCAACGUGUAUCGCAGCCCAGAUAUCGUCGUCGAUCUCCUUCACCGACCAGACGCACCAAAGUUGUCUCCAAACGGUUGCAUCAGCAGCUGGCCUCUUCCUCCGAUGGAAUAGGCACACCUGGCCCCAACCCUUUGUCUGGCUUCUCCCCAGCCUACGAAGAGGUGCAGCUCAGCCAUCCGAGUAGACGAAACCCCCCUGGACUCAACCGUAUCCGCGAGACAGUAGAGAAAGAUGAGCCUAAAAACCCUGAGAGCCACCCUCGUGAUUCAGAAAGAUCGAAACCCCGAGAGAACAACAUCAGAAACGGUCGUCUUGUGUCGCCGCACUUAUCUAAGCAAGAUGACUUACCGCUGGCCCCAACUCGGAUUAUGAGAAGGCAUGUUGCAAAAUGA